GUUUGCUAGUCUCGUUGAUCUUUCUUGGCGCCGCCACCGGCAGCACUGGUUGGCUGUUCUUCUCACACGAAAUUCUGCCACCAGCUUCACGCUAUCGUAUACGUGUAUCCCUCGCUCUUCUCUAAAAUAUGGUUUCUUGUCCCUGCUCUUCUCUAAUGAAAAAGAUUCAUCCUUGACCGGUUGCUUCCGUGCUUUCUCGGAUCCUCUGACUUUCCAUAUUUCGAGAAACAUAUUUCUCCCCCUUGAGAAGCACGGUUCGAGUUUGAGUCGGGUUACCGAAUCCAUGGAGAGCACUUCUGCUGGGGCCGGUCCUCUCCCAAGGAAUGGAAAGUUGGAGAGUUUGCUUAAUAAAGACUCUUAUCAACUUUCAGGAAAAUCAUCGGAAGAAGUUGGAGAUGAAGUGUUUGUGGAAGGGCUUGGGACAAAUGGUUAUGUUGAUGACGAUGGGUGGCUUUGUGUGUUGAUAUCAUCGGUAAGGAUCAUAACAUGUUUCAUCAUGAUGAUGAUUACGACGGUCGUAUGGGCAUCGAUCAUGAUCGUGCUGAUCCCGUGGCCAAACCAAAGGAUCAGGCAGGCGAAUGCUUAUGGCCACGUGACAGGAAGAUUGCUGAUGUGGAUAUUGGGGAACCCGAUAAAGAUUGAAGGCGCACAAUAUUCGAAGGAGAGGGGCAUCUAUAUCAGCAACCACUCAUCCAUCUUGGACACCUUUCUCACCAUGUGGUUGGUCCCUACGGGAACUGUUUCCAUCGCCAGGAAAGGGAUUAUUUGGUACCCGCUUUUUGGACAACUUUACCUGCUAUCAAAUCAUCUACUGAUAGACGUAUCUAACCCGACUAAUGCUAUUCAAUCCAUGAAUGAGGCAGUUGAGGCUGUUGUUAAAAACAACUUGUCUUUGAUCAUUUUCCCCGAGGGCACCCGAUCGGAAGAUGGCCGCUUGCUCCCCUUCAAAAAGGGUUUCGUUCACUUGGCACUGCAAUCCCGACUACCAAUAAUUCCGAUAGUCUUGACGGGGACCCACUUGGCCUGGAGGAAAGGAAGCCUACGCAUUCGACCUGCUCCUUUAACUGUAAGGUUCCUUCCUCCCAUAGAAACCGAUGAAUGGGUGCCCGAUAAGAUCAACGAAUAUAUAAGAUCGGUGCAGGACAUAUACGUCAUGAACCUUCCAGAGUCUCAGAGGCCUCUUUAUAGCUCGAUCGCCUAAGAGACAGUCAACUUGGGAAAUCACAGCAUUUCCCUCACUUUAAUUCUUUUGUACAAAGUUGUGUUUGUUUGUCAUAGAGCUUGCAUAUGUACUCAUUGAAUUCAAUUGCAAAUAUUAUUCUUGUGUUAUGUUUUACAUCCGGACAUCGGGGGUUUUGAAAUUUCUACUUGGUCUCAACGUUUCAUCAUCUACUCGAUAGUUCGCUGUGA